CUUUAUUCUUAAAAAAGCUUCUUUUUUUUUUCCACUGUGGUUCACAAAGGAUUAGCAGCGGCCGUGCAGGGAAUUCCUCCGCCCUCCGGUCCUUAUUAAGCGGGGAGCUAACCGGCGGACCCCGCCUCCCUCUUCAUUUGUCAACAAAGGGGUUUGACAAGCUCACAGGAGCUCCGCCUCCGUGUUUCCUUAAAAGGAUGAUUUGGCCAUACACGGCCAACAAUCAAAACCCGUGGGUAACCUUUUCCCUUCCCUAUCCCGUUCAUAUGGUGCGUUGACUUCCUCCGUCGCCGUUAAAGCGGAGCUAUCAUGGCGGAGCGCGUACAGCAGCCCCCGGCCAAGCGGCUCUGCUGUCGGCCGGGAUACAACUCGACGUGUAGGCAAGGCCAGCGGGCCGCGGGGGCGCCGUGCGGCGGCUCCAUGUCCACGCAGGGCGAAUCGAGCAAGACCCAGAACCCGGAGACUCUCCUGGACAUCGCGGCGAGGAAAGUCGCGGAGAAGUGGCCGUUUCAGAGGGUCGAGGAGCGGUUCGAGCGGAUCCCGGAGCCCGUUCAGAGGCGGAUCGUUUACUGGUCGUUCCCGAGGAGCGAGCGGGAGAUCUGCAUGUAUUCGUCGUUUAACACCGGCGGGGAGGAGGUCGGAAGCGGCGGCGGUGGAGGCGGAGGAGGCGGCGGGGAGAGCGGCGACGAGACCCGGCUGCCGUUCCGACGGGGCAUCGCUCUGCUGGAGAGCGGCUGCGUGGACAACGUACUGCAAGUCGGGUUCCACCUCAGCGGCACAGUUAGGGAACCCGCCACGUCCUCGGAGCCGGAGCUGGUCUGCAACGUGAGCGUCAGCUUCGACCGCUGCAAAAUCACAGCUGUAACCUGCAGCUGCGGCAACAAGGACAUCUUUUACUGCGCCCACGUCGUGGCGCUCUCGCUGUACCGGGUACGGAAGCCCGAGCAGGUCAAGCUGCGCCUGCCCAUCUCAGAGACUCUAUUCCAGAUGAACAGAGAUCAGCUGCAGAAGUUCGUUCAGUACCUGAUCACGGUGCAUCACACCGAGGUGCUGCCGACCGCACAGAAACUGGCCGAUGAAAUCCUGUCGCAGAACUCAGAGAUCAACCAGGUCCACGGAGCUCCGGAUCCGACGGCGGGCGCCAGCGUGGACGACGAGAACUGCUGGCAUCUGGACGAGGAGCAAGUUCAGGAACAGGUCAAGCUCUUUCUCUCCCAGGGCGGGUACCAUGGCUCGGGAAAGCAGCUCAACUUACUGUUCAGCAAGGUGAGAGAGAUGCUGAAGAUGAGGGACUCCAACGGCGCUCGCAUGUUAACGCUGAUCACAGAGCAGUUCAUGGGCGACCCCAGACUGGCGCUGUGGAGGCAACAGGGAACCACCAUGACUGACAAGUACAGGCAGCUGUGGGAUGAACUAGGCGCCCUGUGGAUGUGCAUCGUGCUGAACCCCCACUAUAAGCCCGAGCAGAAGGGUUUCUGGCUUCGACAGCUUCGCAGGUGGAACAGCGUGGACGUCUGCCCCUUGGAGGACGGUAACCAUGGCAGCGAGCUGACCAAUCUGACCAACGCUCUGCCCCAGGGCCCUCCUGGAAACCCAGAUUCACUGACGCGGCCUCACCGGACGGUGUUCACGCGGGCGAUCGAGGCCUGCGACCUGCACUGGCAGGACCCCCACCUGCAGCACAUCAUCACCGAGGACCACUACACCAACUACUGUUACCAUGACAACCUCGACAGCUCCCUCUUCGACGCCCGAGGGUGGCCCCUGUGGCACGAACACGUGCCGACGGCGUGCGCCAGGGUGGACGCGCUGAGAUCACACGGUUACCCCAAGGAAGCACUCAGACUGGCCAUCGCUAUAGUCAACACACUGCGGAGGCAACAGCAGAAACAGCUGGAGUUCUUCCGAGCUCACAAAAAAGAGCUGCUCCAUAAAGGCAUCACGUCAGUCACCAACCUGGAGGGUUGGGUGGGCCACCCUCUGGACCCCAUCGGCACACUGUUCAGCACCCUCAUGGAGACGGGGCGGGGCAGCGAGGACGGCGCCACGGCCCUGCUCGACUUCUCAGGCUCGCUGGGUGCAGGUAGGAGGACGGAGCAUCCUGUUUUCCCGGCGCAGCGUUUCCUGGAGGAAGGAGAGACGUUCGUGUCGCUGGCUGUGGAGACGGCGUUGAUUGGUUUAGGGCAGCAGAGGGUGAUGCCAGACGGCCUUUACGCCCAGGAGAAAGUGUGUCGCAACGAAGAGCAGCUAUUGGCCAGGCUUCAGGAAGUCGAUUUGGACGACACGUUGGUGAAGAUCUUCCGGAAACAAGCUGCCAUCCUGCUAGAGGCUGGUCCUUACAGUGGUCUGGGGGAGUUGCUCUACAGAGAAAGCGUCCCCAUGCACACUUUUGCCAAGUAUCUCUUCACCUCCCUGCUACCUCAUGACGCCGAACUGGCGUACAAAAUUGCACUGAGGGCCAUGCGGUUGCCGGUCCUGGAGUCCACGGCCCCCUCCGGUGACUUGUCUCGGCCUCACCAUAUAGUGUCAGUGGUGCCCAACCGCCUCCCUCGCUGGUUCACUCUCAGCCACAUAGAGACCCAACAG